CACUGUGAGAGUCAGGCCCAGGCCCUGUCGCCAUUGAGCAAAGCUAAUACUCUCAAGGCAUAUGGUCCCCCAAAAUCUUUGCUAGAGAUCCAGGAAAACAAACAAACAACAACAAAAUCCCUGGGCUACCUCUCCCAGCGCCCCACCCCACCUCCCGGCUGGCUGCAAACUUCCUGGCCCCCUGGACGGUGCACUGCGGGACACCGCGGUGAGGGCGGGUGGGGACCUGCUGCUGGGAUGCGGCUCCAGCCGCGCAGCUGAGUGCGACGCGGGAGCUCCGGAGCCGCUGGCGUGGACUAGGAAACAGAGUUUGAGAGAAGUGAAGAGGUUUGGGUGCCUGACUCCACAAAGCCGGAGCAACAGUGGAAGCAGCCAGCCUGAGAUAUCGACACUAUAGAAAGAAACUGACAACUCACUCCUUGUAUUGAUCCCACUCUUCUGUACGAACACAGACUCUACUCCCUACCACAGCCUACAGUUCUGCCCCAGAGACCACAAGUAUGAAUACCACAGACAGUGGUGUCAACUGUCUGUGUGCCAUAUGUGGGGACCGAGCAACAGGGAAGCACUACGGGGCAUCCAGCUGUGAUGGCUGCAAGGGAUUUUUCCGGCGCAGCAUCCGGAAAAGUCACGUUUACUCCUGCAGGUUUAGUCGCCAAUGUGUUGUUGACAAGGACAAAAGGAAUCAAUGUAGAUACUGUCGAUUAAGAAAGUGUUUUCGAGCAGGAAUGAAAAAAGAAGCCGUGCAAAAUGAGCGGGACAGAAUAAGUACCAGAAGAAGCACAUUCGAUGGCAGCAAUAUCCCCUCCAUAAACACUCUGGCACAAGCUGAAGUCCGCUCUCGCCAGAUCUCAGUCCCAAGCCCCAGUGCCAGUACUGACAUAAACGUUAAGAAAAUUGCAAGUAUCAGUGACGUUUGUGAAUCUAUGAAGCAGCAGCUCUUAGUCUUGGUGGAAUGGGCCAAGUACAUCCCUGCCUUCUGUGAACUGCCUUUGGACGACCAGGUGGCCCUGUUGAGAGCUCACGCGGGAGAACACUUACUGCUUGGAGCUACAAAGAGAUCCAUGAUGUAUAAAGAUAUUUUGCUUUUGGGAAACAACUACGUUAUUCACCGGAACAGCUGUGAAGUUGAAGUCAGCCGUGUGGCCAAUCGUGUCCUCGAUGAGCUGGUUAGACCAUUUCAAGAGAUCCAGAUAGAUGACAAUGAGUACGCAUGUUUGAAGGCCAUUGUGUUCUUCGACCCAGAUGCAAAGGGACUGAGUGACCCCGUGAAAAUUAAGAACAUGCGAUUCCAGGUGCAGAUCAGCCUGGAAGACUACAUCAACGACAGGCAGUAUGACUCCCGAGGCCGCUUCGGCGAGCUGCUCCUGCUGCUGCCAACCUUGCAGAGCAUCACCUGGCAGAUGAUCGAGCAAAUCCAGUUUGUCAAACUGUUUGGCAUGGUCAAGAUCGACAACCUCCUUCAGGAAAUGUUGCUGGGGGGCGCUGCCAAUGAUGGCAGCCAUCUCCAUCACCCAAUGCACCCACAUUUGUCUCAGGAUCCACUAACUGGGCAAACUAUACUUCUAGGUCCCAUGUCCACACUGGUUCAUACAGACCAGAUCUCAACUCCAGAAACCCCACUGCCUUCCCCACCCCAGGGCUCAGGACAAGAACAGUACAAAAUCACUGCAAACCAAGCUUCGGUCAUUUCACACCAAUCCCUCUCUAAACCAAAGCAGUUGUGAGAAUGUGCUUGCUGCUGACUGGUACUGUGUAAAUGUGAAACACAUUGGUCUGCAAAUCUCUCAGGAUGAUACUUUUGCCAACGUUUAGGCAAGGCUUCUUCAUGGUGCUCUUGUAAGCUGGUCUCCUAUUUUCUUGUUUGUAAACACAUUAUGUUUAUUGAUGAUGUAAAGUAAAGUCUUUACAUGCAACCUAUGUAUAUUUGAAUUUGAAGUUGUUUUAUAGCGUAUUGUUUCAAACUAUCCAUGCACUGUGCCCAAACCACUGGGGUCUUAUGUAUGACUUUCAUUUUUUUUUUCAUAAUAUUAAUUUAAAUCUGUAAAUAAUUGCUUUGCUGUGAUGUGAUGCAGAAUUAAGUAUUCUUUUUGGUUAAAAGUAGAUCAGAAAUACUAGGUAAUAUAAAAAUUAACCAAAUUAAAAAAAAUAAAUUGUAAACUUGAAGAUUAGAGAAGGUGAGCAGUAGCUGUAGACUAGAGCAUUUCUCUAAAAGAUAAUAUGUCAGGGCCUUAUGUUUUCUGCAGGAAAUGUUUCCAUGCUAACUUCAGAGAACUAACACCAUUUUAGAGAUGACUGGAUAGUCUCUGCAAUGUGACUGUAUUUGAAGAGGUUUGCUAAGGGAGACAAGUUGCUUCUUUCAGUUAGGAUUCAAGCCAAAGUAAAACAAAGACAUACUAAACAAUGGCACAACCAAAAGGGCAUUCAUUUGUCACUCCUGGGAAAUGUGAAAAGUCACCCAUUCAUUAGAACUUAGCACAUCCCCACACCAGCUCUCUGUGAAGCCAGGAGAGGCUUUUUAUAGGGACCUUGGUCAGUUCAAGUUAUGCAACUCUGGGAGAAAGGAUACUGGGGAACAAGUCAUUGAACACAUUUGUGCAAACCAACUCUGGUUGGCUUUAAUGAGAUUAGGUAACAAUAGAACACAUGAAAGUCUACGGUGUGGUUUUGAAAAUUUACAGGGCUGACAAUGGAGUAUUAUUUGGCAUGGUACUCAUAAAUGAAAGUGACAAGUACAGAACUUCUUACAGUAUUUUCUGUGAGGAUAAGAGGCCAGUUUUGUACCUUAUUCAAUCCUCACAUCUCCCCCUAAAACACAAAGAAGAUAAAAACAUUGGUUUUGAUGACUCAGGAAAAUUUGCAACCUAGGAAUGUACUGAACAUCUAAAUCUAGACUGAGAAGUAACCCCAACUAUUUGAGAUUACCCACAGCUGGGGUUUCUUUUAAAAGCAUUAAUCAUAGGACACCUCAUAAAGCAGCAAUGCCUCUCUCUCUCUCUGUGCUCUCUCUCUCUCUCUCUCUCUCUCUCCCCCUGCCUCUGUUGUACUUUCCCUUGACUAUAUUUACAGAUGAAGUGAAAAAUGCUUGAAUAUAUAUGUAAAUAUUAUUAUAUAAGUAUAUAAAAUUGAAUAUAUAUCAAAAGAAAAAAGCACCUGAAGCUGUAAAAUUUUGGGUUAAAGUUUUUCAUGGCCCUUCACAGUUUCUCAGAUUAUGAGUCAUAAUUUCCACCUACUUACAAGUGUAAAGAUCAUUUUAAUAUUAACUAACUUGGCUCCAAACGGGAAGUAAUGUGGCAGCUAUCAGUGGGGAUCACCGAAUCAACUGUAUUUAUUCAGAUGCUAUUAUCUUUAUGAAACUAAAAUGUAACCUUGAUGGAGUGGGGAGGGAGGGUGGGAGAGAGA